UCUCAAGGACUUCUUGACCACCUAGCAGUGUUAACUAAGCUAGCAACAUAAUCCCGACAAAACCCAUGUCACUCUACUUGGCGCCCACGGCCGCCAUCGCCGCCGCUGCCGCCGCCCUCCCAAGGCUAGUAGAACCUCCCAUCGACGUGAAGCGGCUGGAACGGGGCAUGGCGCUUCCCAUGCCACCGGCGCCGCCGCCACCACCGCUCGUAAACGUCAAUAGGUACGUGGGAGCAAAGCACAAGGCCGUGGUGGUGAUGGGCGCGACGGGAACAGGCAAGUCUCGCCUCGCCGUGGACCUCGCCCUCCAAUUCGGCGGCGAGGUGAUCAACUCCGACAAGAUCCAGGUACACGCCGGCCUGGACGUUGCCACGAACAAGGUGACAGAGGAGGAGCGCGCCGGCGUGCCACACCACCUGCUCGGGGUGGCGCACCCCGACGACGACUUCACGGCCGCGGACUUCCGGCGCGAGGCGUCCCGCGCCGCCGGCGCGAUCGCCGCGCGCGGCCGCCUCGCGAUCAUCGCCGGCGGGUCCAACUCGUACGUCGAGGAGCUCGUCGACGGCGACCGCCGCGCGUUCCGGGAGCGGUUCGACUGCUGCUUCCUCUGGGUGGACGUGCAGCUCCCCGUGCUGCGCGGCUACGUGGCCCGCCGCGUCGACGACAUGUGCGCCCGCGGCCUCGUCAGCGAGAUCGCCGCCGCCUUCGACCGGCGCCGCGCCGACUACUCCCGCGGCAUCUGGCGCGCCAUUGGCGCCCCCGAGCUCGACGCGUACCUGCGGUGGUCCGGCGACGACGAGGGCGAGCGUGACCGGCUGCUGGCCGCCGCCGUCCAGGACAUCAAGUCCAACACCUGCCGGCUUGCGUGCCGGCAGCGCGCCAAGAUCCAGCGGCUAUCGAAGCUGUGGCGCGUCCGCCGCGUGGACGCCACGGAGGUCUUCCGGCGGCGCGGCGACGACGCCGACGAGGCGUGGCAGCGGCUCGUCGCCGCGCCAUGCAUCGACGUGGUGCGCUCCUUCCUGCACAACGAUGCCGCCGCCAUGGCUGAUGAUCUGGCCCUUGAAGUGCCCGUGUUCGCUCCCACGCCGGCGGCCGCCGUCGCAGUGUAGCCACAAGCGGCGCCUCGCCGUUGGCAGUUGCUUUCACGAGAAGGCGUGGCUGUAAGCGCGGAGUAGCCACCCACCACCAUUGCUUGGUGCGACGACGGCAUUGGCCGAGAGCCCGAGAUCAUCAGGAAAGGAAAGUGAGACAGGGGAGCUUAAAUUAUGUUGGAAAAACGUUGGAAUUUCACAGUAAAAACUAUAGAGGUUAGUGUAAUUAUUGCGAGAAUUAUAAGUUUGAAAUUCCAACGAAAAACGACGCUCCAUCUCCAAGACAGAAGAGUAGUCAGAUAAAUUGUGUUGCAUAUUCCAUCAUUGCAGAGGUAGAACCUGUAGUCUUCUCUCCUUUUUUUUUUCGCUUGUCGAUACAACGUGCAUACCUGGUGUGCAAUCGAGCGUGUGCUUAAAUAUGUCCGUCUGAUGAGAGAGAUGAGC